AUGUACACCAAAACACUCCUCCUCAUCCUCUUCUCCGCCUUCUCCGCUUCCGCCUCCACACUCCCCGUAUUCGCCCGCGCAAAAAAUACCACCAUCGCCGCAGCCGCAAACUCCACCUCCAGCGCUGCCACAGGAGGUGCGGAUUUCGGUACCUGCACGCCGACGAUGGAUUUCCAAUUCGGACGCGCGGGCCGCAAGGCGACCGAGGGCACGUUCCUGCCGACCGACGCGGUUGUUGCGCAGGGGCAGCAGGAUGCGCUGAAUCCUAAUAUCAUCACGAACCGGAUCUGCGACCAGCUUACGAAUGUGUGUGCGGCGAAUCAGGCGGCGAAGGAUUUGUGUACGGCGGCUAAGGCGACUGUGGCGGGGUUGGGGACCAAGGAUGCUACGACUGCUACGGCGUUUAAUAGUGCGCUUGGGUUUUGA